CCGACGAGGCAAACCCUGAUCGAGGAAGCGAACAUCAUCGUCACCCAGAAUGAGCAGACCAGCAGACACCUGGACCGUUUCCUGAUCUGCACGAACCAACCCUUCAGCUUGGUCGAGAACUACUACUUCCUUUAGCUCAUCGAUGCGGUUAAGAAGUGCCAUCCUAGUUGGUGGCCGUGCAAGAGGGACGAGAUGAGGACAAAGCGGUUGGACGGGCAGUGCAAACUUGUUGGGGACGAUAUGAUGAGUCUUGUGAGGAAAUGGGAGAGGACGGGCUGCAUGCUGCAGAUGGACGGGUGGUCGGAUAGGAGGAACAAAACACAUCUCAACGUAAUGGUUUCCUCCCCAGUUGGCACUGUGUUUUGGAAGUCCGUGUGCAUGGAAGGGAAGGAGAAAAAUUCAACGGCCUACUUCAAGCUGUUGGAGGGAGUCAUCGAGGAGAUCGGUCCGCAGUCCAUCGUCGGCGUCGUGAUGGACAAUGCGAGGGUCUGUUCGAAGGUCGGGAAGAUGGUGGAGGCGAAGUACCUCGGGAUUUUCAGUAUCGGUUGCACGCCCCAUGCGUUGGAUUUGGCGCUGGAAGAUAUGUACAAGCGAAUGGACUGGAUGAAGAAAGUCGUUGACAAGGGCAACCGAGUGGGCAAGUUUGUGACCAACAUUGACAAGGUCUGCGCGAUGUUCAACAGAAUCGCAAACACCCAACUCAAACGCCCAGCCGUCACGAGGUUCGCAACAAACUUUGAAAUGCUGGAGGCGCUAAAGAGAGGGAGGACUUCACUUGAGCUGUGCGUCGAGAACGUGGAAUGGGUUCAGAAGUUGGUGAGGGUUGAGCAGGUGGAGGCAUUUAACGCUGUCACGCGCACCAUCGUGGACAGUGGCUUUUGGGAUGAGGUCGACAAAGCAAUCGCUGUCAUGGAGCCCGUGGUCAAGUUGCUGCGUUUGGUGGACGGUCCCGGAGCGACUGUCAGCAAAGUGUACUUCGGCAUGGACGAGAUCGUCGCACAGAUGCGGAUCCUCGACUUUUUGACGGAGGAGGAGAAGUUAGCGGUGGAGAACAUUCUCAUGGACCGGUGGACAUUUUUGACAUCCGAGUUGCAUUGCGCUGCAGCCUUUCUCGAUCCGGAGUAUCGAUCGCUGACCAUGCGGGAUACGGAGAUCCGCGAGGGAUUCAACAUAUGGGUCUAUUCUUGGGCGCCACCGGAGCUACUGAAUCAAAUCAGCAGGCAAGUCGAUUAUUGGGUCCGCGGAUUGGGCACUUUCGAGACACAAAACGCAAAGGAGCAGGCCAAGCUGCAAACACCAGCACUUUGGUGGGAGGUGUUUGGGGGAUCAUUGUACCUUCUCCAACCAUAAGCCAUCAAGCUUCUCGGCCAGGUGAGCUCUUCGGCCGCGUGCGAGCGCAACUGGAGCUUGCACCAGCUA